AUUAUAGUUAAUGAAAGAUGAUGAAUUAACUAAUUUAAAUGUUGGUGUUUUCUUUGAUGCACCAGGAUGGAAUCACCCUGAUGUUUUUGCUUUACAUUAUUUCUAAAGACUUAUUGGUGAUUAUAGAGCUGAUAAACAUACUGGAUUCCAUUUGAAUGCUCCAAGUAGAUAAUAUAAUACUAUGCAUUCUAUUCUUGGUGGAUUACCUGAUGUUACAUAUUAAAGAUGCGUUUAUUAUGCAUAUUCAGAUACUGGUCUAUUUGGAAACUAUUUGAUUGGUAAUGAAGUCUUUGCUACUUAAAUGGCAUAUGUCAGUCAAAUGGUUUUAUCUGAUUAUGCUUCAUCUGUUGGAUAAGUUGAAGUAUUUAGAGCUAGAGCCAAAGUUUUUAAUGAAUUAUUAAGUUAAGAAAGUUCAGCCAAAUAAUCAAGAGAAAUUGCUUAAUAAGUUUUGUAUCUUUUACUCAUAAAAAUUUAGCUAUUGGGGAAGAAGAGUACCAAGAAGUGAAUUUGCUAGAAGAAUAUCUGCUCUUGAUGCUGGUCAUUUAACUAGAGUUGCUACUAGACAUUUCUGGGAUAAAGUAUAUAUAGUUAAUAAUUUAAUAGGAUAUCUCUGUUGUUGUAUGGGGACCUACUCACUUAUUAGAUGCUGUUGCUCAUUAUAAUAGAUCAUGGAAGAGAAGCACUUUAGGUGGAUAUGCUUAACCAUACUAUGAGGGUUGAUUCAUU